GGAAACUGAAAUAAAACUGAGAGUGAGGAGUAGAGAAGUAAAUUAGAAUUGAACUUUGACCUUACCUAAGUUGACUGAGCCUUGACUAAUUUAUAGUAAUUUUACAUUUAAAGUACCGUUACAGUGUGAAAUUGUCAAAAUUACUUUAAUGAGAGGGAGAGUCAGAGUUAACAUCUUAAUUUGAUAUUAUCAAUUGUCAUAUUAUGAUCAUAUUGCUUAAAAUUAAAUUAAAUUUAUUGAACCUAAAAAAAAAAAAAUAUUUGCAAUAAUGGAUAAAGGCCAACUGAUCUGACUGACUGUGAUGUGAAUGACAGUGAAUAACCAAUUGUAAUUGUCCAAAGUGACCAAAGCUUAAAAAUUAUCAAUAAAUUAGUGUAGUAAUUACAGUAAUGUUUAGGUCUACAUAACUAAAUAAUAAAAAGUGUAAAAGAAAGGCAUCACCAUCUGUUGAUUUACAUUUACAGCAACAAAAAAAUCAUGUUUGUCUCAAAAGUUUGACGCCCUGGUAAAAAAAUAGUCUCACAAUCUUUAAAUCCCCUACUGAUGAGAAUGGGGGUGAAAGUUUUCUUAAAAUUUCAGGUACUAGGAGCAAAAUCUAGCAUAUCAAAUGUGAUGCACCACUAUCCUGUUUUAAUCACUUAAUUUUUUUUUACAUUUCAUGUUUCCUUAUAGCCUAUAUAAUAAAUAGUUGUUAUUCUCACCACUAAUUAAAUUCUGAUAUUAAAUACAACACUCCUAGUCCUAGAAAAAUAAAUGAUCCUUUUACACCUUUACUUACCGGUACUCCUCUUAAUUUUUUUUCCAGGGCCUCUUUGACCAACAAUAAAGAAAAUGUACUUUAAACAAGAUGCAGGAUUUUUAUGUGGGUGCUUGAGAAUUGCAAGAAUCUUUUUGUAUCCAAGCUUCCUUUCCUUUAAUUGGCUUCUCUGCCUAUACAUUACUACGUUUCAAGAAAAUAAAAAUCCCAGCAACAUUUUGAAGCGAAAGAUUUUUCUCACACCAAUAUAUGCAAGUCUAUUCAUCUUGUUCCUACCACUAAUGAUCAUCUUCCUUCCACUUCGAUGUCUGUUACUGUAUUACCGUCGCCCGUUUAUGUGCUCUGAACACCACACAGCCUACACUCAUUGGCAAAGUCAAAUUCUAAAUGAGAAGAUAGACAGUGGAGACCACAAGUUUGGAAUUGCUACAGCCAACUUGUGCCUCAUGCCUGAGCUUGCUUCAAAGAUGAAUGAUUUAACAAAUGUUAGCAGGAGGGCCAAGAAAAUUGGGGAGCGCAUUGUGGUAAAUCAAUUUUAUAAUGAUGAAUGGAGCAAGAGUGAGUCAAGUUUGAAAAAUCCUGCAAGCAAUAAAAAUGUUGAUGGAAAAUUUCUAACAAAUGUAUCAGGCAGUGGAGACGGCAAUAACAGAGGCAAACAAAAGAAACAUGAAGAUAUUCAAGGGAUUGUUUCCACCAAUUUCCCAUUUGUGGAUAUUUUUGUAAUCCAAGAAGCUUGGUCAAGCUACCACAACCCAACUCUAAUGCAGGAGCUCCAUAAAGUAUUUCCCUACAUUAUCCAUGAUGCUGGAGUUCACUCUUACGAAAAUAAUCUUUUCUUCCUGAACAGUGGUCUUCUGAUUGCCAGUAGGCAUCCAAUAGUUGCUGUUGACUUUAAGCCAUUUGUUAACUUUGUAAAGCAUGGACGUCUGCUGUCAAAUGGUCUUCUUAUGGCUAAGGUGAUUUAACUUUAAUUUGCCAUUGUGUGAUAGCAAAGUUCUUUAUUUUCAAUUUAUUUUAUUUUCUUAGUUAUUUUUUUAAAGCAGAUAAUAUUAUGAUAUUAUGAUCAGAAUCUUUUUAAUUUACAAGGGGUUAAGAAUUUGGAUGGGGGGGGGGGGGGGCAACCUGAUGGAAAAUGUGCAAACAGCCAAUGUUCGAAUUGUAAAUUAUUUAUAUUCUUUCUUGAUAUUUAGUUUUUAAAUCUACAUCACAAAAAAAAUUAAAAUGCAACAUUUGUUUUCAAAUAACCCGAAACCAAGCUGGAUCAGCACUGGACCAUGGACCAGCAUUGAACAGAAAUUAAUUAAAUUGAUAAAUUCAAUUUGAUAAAAUGAUUUAAAAAUAACUUUUUAAAAAGUAGUAAUUUAUUUUUAAUAUCAAAUUUUAGUCAAACCCACUUAUCUUGACCUUGGUUAACUCGACAACCCUGUUAUGUCAACGUUUUGAAGUAGAACUGCCAAAUUCUCUCUUUGUCUUAGCAUUUUCUCCUUGGUUAUGUCGAUUCUUUUAUGUCGCCAAACUCUAAUAUCUCGAGCACUAAAGGCGGCCAAAUUUGCCACUUAACCUCGGUUAUCUUGAUCCCCUUGACCAAUCACCGGCUUUUGAAAAUUAUAUACAACAGAAACAUGCCCACUUCAAACUCUAGUAAUGGAAAUGAAAUGACAAUCUUUGUCCGCGCAAUUAACAUGACACAGCAAGAAGCGAGGAUUGAGAGGCUUGUAAACAAAAGAGAGAGGUCGUAGUACUAUUUAUAGCGAACCUGCUUGUUGCUUAAUAGGCUUUCACAUGUUCUCACAUUGAUUUUUUUUUUAACCCAGAAUCUGCUUUUAAAUAAACUUAACUGGCGAAUCAAAAGAGAGAGAGAAAAUAAAAAAAUUGUAAAUCCGGAGCUGAAAAAUAUUUAGUCUCACGAAUUCUGGGAUAAUCCAGAAAAGUGGCACCCCACAUAUGCCUGGUGUUGUUAGCAAACAUGUAUGUAAAUUUUUAUAGCAUGCCGACCGCUUCAUCAAACAAAUCGCGGUAAGGCUGUUGUGUUUUAAAAAAAACUCCAAAAACACAUGCAUGUACAUUCUCAUUUAUAAAUGCACAUCGUGUGCAUAAAAAAAUUUCAAGCUCAUGUUAAUAUAUUGCCGCCAUAUUGGUUUUCCAUUAUCUCGAUCAUCGGUUAUCUCGAUGCUUUUUGGCAAACACUGAGGCCAUCAACAUAACCGUGUUCCUCUGUAGUGAGUAGUCCAAGAUAAUCUACAUCUAUUCCCCAUUCGUUUUUUUAUUAUUUACCUAAUUCAUACAACAUGCAUAUAUUUUAAAUGUCCCAGCAGAAAAUAAAUUCACAACAGUUCUUAAGCCAUAUCUUUACUAUGUUGUCACCAAAAUGAUUUCAUGUCUUGAACUCCCUCCCCAACCUCCCUGUCUUGCGGUGAGUCAAUAUGAAUCAAAUUUGUUUUUGACUCAAUUCAAGUGGGUAUUGUUUGAUCUGCCAGGUGGUUAUUGGAAGGGAAAAGAGCGAGAAAAGACAUGUGGGUUAUAUUUUCAACACCCACCUCCAGUCAUAUCAAGGUGAGUCUAACAUUGUUGUUUGGAAAGGUUUAAAUGAACUUAUGAUGACUUGAAAUUAAUGUCUUUAUUUAAAUGUUAAAAGGCAUUUUUUUGUAGAAAAUAUUUAAUAUAAAGGGGCAUGCCAAUCAUAAAAGGUUGACACUUUAACAUUAUUGUUUUGUUAUUUGCUUUUAGUUUAAUGGCUUGACAUGUAAAUAGUUCUGGAAUGGGUAAAGUGAAUAUAUAUUUGUUUUGUUUUAUUCAAUUAAUGUAUGUUAAUUAAUUUUUUAAGUUCAUGAUUAUCUUUGUUAAAUUGUUUGUACAGUGUGGUGAGCCCAGCCCUAGGCUGGGGUACCAUGCUAUAUAAAACCACUAAUAUUAAUAAUAAUAAUGUAUUUUGCUAUGGUGGUGAGUUUCAUUUUUAUAGUUGAAGUUUAAAAUCCUCCUUAUCAGUGGUUUGGCGAAACAAAAAUAUUAGGCUGUCCAGACAUGCUUGCAAGCAAUCAUGGUAAAAAAAAUUAAUUUUAAUUAAAGGAUGAAGUUGUGAAAUUUUAGUUGCUUUAAGGUAUGGGUCAGAUUUUGUGCUGACUUUCAUGAAUUGUUAUAUUUUAUGAGAUUGAUAGUUAAUCUUGUAAAGUUUGUUGUAUUUUCUCCUCCAGGCAAGGACCAGAUAAUACCAAAACAAUUAGAUGAAAUGCUUGCCUGGAUUAAACUAUUCAAAGAAGAAAACAAGCAAAAAGGAGAUAACAUCAUUUUCAGCAUUAUAUGUGGAGAUUUUAACUUUGAUAACUUUUCUCCAGGUAGGCUGGUGUGGUACCAGUAACCAUAAAUUGUUAUUUAUACUGUGUUUACCUACUUGAAAAAGUUUGAAAGCAAAUAAAAUCUUCAGCUAAUCCUUAGAAGGUAAAUUGUAAUCUGACGAAUUUAAAGUAUAUAUGUAAAUACAUUUUACUUGUUUGUAGAUGGCUGUAAUUUUUUUUAAGUGGGUUACAGUUGUUAUAAAAAUAUGCAAGAAGAUAAUUUUUAAAUAAGACUUUGAAUCUGAAAGAAUGAAAAAUUAGGACUUUGUUAUUUCAACUUUUACGGAAAAGAAUGUUUAACCCACGAACUGUGGUCGGCCGAAAAAAUCAUCCGACUUUCUCGUUCUGUACUGUGGCGGCCGAAAAAAUCGGCCAAUAAAAACCACGGUCUGAUAGCAACUUCCAAUCCAAUAUUUAACCAGAAUUAUAGCCACGUCCUUUUAUUAAUAAUUAAAUUAUCUUCCGGUUCAAGCUGUUUCAUGAUAACUUGAAAAUAAAUACUUUUUAAUCAGAGUUUUAAAUCGCUGUUUUUUUCAAAGCUAAAAUGGUUGAAGCCAUGGCUGGGCCUUCAGUGCAAGAACUAAUAGAAAUAUGUUUGAAAGCUUUUUAAGAGAGAUUUUAAGUGAUACUGAUGAUGAUUUUAACAUUCCCCAUGACGAUAUCAGUUGAAGUUAUUCUUCUCGUGAAUUUUAUACUAGUCUUAGUGAUACUGAAGUAGGCCUACUGAGGCUACUGUUAGACUUCGAGCCAGGUCCGGAGGUUGGGCAAGGACUGACUAAAUUUUAGUCACAGAAGCUACAAAUUAUAGUUCAGAACUAAGAAAUUGUAUAGUUAAACAACCCAAAUCAGUUCCACAGUUCCUUUUUAAAUGUUUACUAGUCAAUAAUAACUAUUUUGCCUGAGAUUUAAACUCAGUUUUUUAAAUAAAUUUAUUCAUCUAAUAUAUUUUAUUAGAAUGAUUAGAAUUUAUCAAAAUUGUCUUAGUUUUGUUAUAUUAUAUAAAAAUAUAUAUAUACAUAUAUUAUAUUUUUAUUAUAUAUAGUAUAUUAUUAUUAUUAUAUAAACAAUUAUCUAUCAUCACUACUACUACCAUUAGCUGACAAGGAAAGCAGCAGACAUCCGGUUUUCAGUGAGUUCACAGACUUUGGAAGAUUAAAAGCUGGAUUGGACAAGCCAUGGACAGUAGGUUAGAAUGAUACUUAGUCUACUUGUACUGUAAAAGUUAGAAUGACAUUUCAUGUUCUGUAACUCAAGAGUACUGGGUAACAAAAUCUAGGUACCGUCCCAAAACACAGACCACCAACUGAGCAUCAGGACUUGUCCUUAUUUGAAAACUUAAAUAUUAACAAAUUCUGUAUCAAUGUGUCAACUAAUGCUGUACCAUUGUGUCCACAUCUGCUGGUCAAACAUGGAGUGAAACAGAUUCAAAUUUGUUCAUCCUUAAAAUGGAAUCUAUUUAAAUAAUGCUACACAAGCUGUAAAAUGGGAAUAAUUUAAAUAAUGAUAGAUCCGUCUGGAUUGAUUUAACCUUUAGUUUAGUUGCCACUCUGUUAGUUCCAUUGAUCAACCAGCUACUUUUGACAAUAAAAAAUUGAUGAAAACUUAACAAUUCAGUUAUGAAUUUUUUAGAAUAUGCUUUCAGAGUGCUUAUAUUUGGCUGAGGUAUUUGAAUUUUCCCAAAAUUUGGCUGUUGAUGUUUAAAAUAAAAAUCUGAACAAUUCAUAUGAUGGUAUAUGCUUGUAAGGUACUGAGAUGAGGCCAGAGUUCAUGUUAGAGAAGGAGGUUGCAACACCUGAAAGACUGAAAUUUGUCCUAGAAGAUCCCAUCCUUCGCCAGUGCCAUCUUGUGGAUGCAGAUAUUUUAGAGCAUUCAAAAGAAGCUAUUGUCAGUGGUGGUGUCAAACGAGAUGCUGAAGGCAAAGUCAUAGUUUUUCCAGAAGGUGGAAGGAGAAGGAUUGACUAUAUUUUAACCAAUGAUUUCUACCCAGUGGUGAGUUGUCUUUCUUUAAUUUUAAUUCAUGUUUUUAAAAAAUUUUAAAACUUGAAUUACACUAUCCACUACUCUAUUCCCUCACCAUCCACUGCUCUACUUCCACACCAUCCACUGCUCUAUUCCCACACCAUUCACUACUCUACUACUACACCAUCCACAACUCUGCUCCCACAACAUUCACUGCUCUACUCCAACACCCUCUUAAACAUAUCCCUCAAUUCACUCCAAUCAUUUUUCCUCAAACCCAUUCAUCCCCUUUUCCCCAUCCCCCAAAUUCUGCCCCAAAACACCAGAGAUCCUCCCACCACAGCCCUGAACACUUCUCUCACCCAUCCUAUCCCCAUUCUAACUUCUGCCCCAAAACACCAGAGACCCUCCCACCACAGCCCUGAACACUUCUCUCACCCAUCCUAUCCCCAUCUAACUUCUGCCCCAAAACACCAGAGACCCUCCCACUACAGCCCUGAACACUUCUUUCACCCGUCCUAUCCCCAUUCUAACUUCUGACCCCAAAACACCAGAGAUCCUCCCACUACAGCCCUGAACACUUCUCUCACCCAUCCUAUCCCCAUCUAACUCCCCCACACACAAGACCUAAACGCCAACAUAUUCCCAAUGCUCGCCACCUCACUCACCUACGCUGACAUUUAUUCAUUCUAAGCAAAAUUUAGGAUUUUACUUUUAUAACUUCCAUUUAGUCAAAGCUCAGCUGAAUUUAGAAAAGAAAAUUGAAUUAAACUAAAAAUAAAUCUUUUCAUCUCUGCAAAUAAUUAUAUUUAUCUGUCAUUUAUUAUUCAUAAUUAAAAACUUUACAUACAAUCUUAGCUUAUGAAAUAAUCCUAAUAUAUAUCCGUAAGACACUCUAUUUGCUCCUCUGGCUUAAUCCAACGCUUGAUUAUUUUAUUUUCUUUAUGUCCUUAUUGUUCACUCUCAUCUAAUUGCAUCCAGAAUGUUGAAAGCUACAGUUUUGUGACCAAACUGGCCCUACUGACUGACCACAUCCCUGUUGCCAUGAGUUUCACCUGCCAAAACUUGAAGUGAGAUUUUCCUGUUUGGCUUGCAGAUGUCUUGACCAUGACAGAGAAUGGUUUUGUACUGCUAAUGACUUUUGAAUGGCACGAUUAUUUAUGACACAAUGUGAAUAUCUACUGUUAAAAUUGCAAAAGAAAGUGAUGCAGCUAAUUGAGAUGGUAUGUCAUUUUCCCCCGAGCCAAUAUUCAAUUUUUAAGGCAAACAAAAAAAGGGAAAAAAGUGUGAAUGGUUUUUAACAGACAGCUUCUAUGGCAGCUCUAGUGUAGAUGUCCAAAUGUUCAUUCCACUUAAAUCUUUGUUGACCACCAAUUAACCAUUGUUUUUUGGGUUAUUUAUGAUCAAUAAGUAUUUAUAUCAAAAUACGGCUAGGUUUAAAUACAAAAUUAUUUUUUGGUAUGCACUUUGAGAAAAAUGUAUCCAAUGUGGAUUUUAGGAUGUACAAUUAUUUUAUACAAUUGAAGUUUAAACUACCAUCAAAUUUCAAAUAGUAAUAUAACUCUUAAACAUCCAUUAUGUGUGCAUCUAUCUUUGUAUUUAUACAAUUACAUCUUAUUAUCUGCGGGAGCUCUUUUGUUAUAUAAAUGAAAUAUUAAAGUUAUUUAAAACUCUCCGGGCAAAUGUGACCAAAAAGCCUUGCAUAGUGACAUUUUUUAAAUUGCAUUUUAAUUUUAUGCAGUUUUUAGUUCAUUACUAAAUUCUGUUAUAUAUGCUUGAGAUUUUUCUUGUGUUCUAUACACCCAGGCUUGCUGUGAUUGCUUUAAAUAUGUAUGUUAUUUAUAUCAAAAAUGAGGACAUGUUUAUUUACAAUGAUAUACUAAUCCAAGGCUUUCCUAGUUUGUCAAUUUUGUUUAAUCAAACUUUGACUAGUAAUGUUUAUGUGCAUCAAACUUCAUUUCAUUUUCUUCUUUAUGAAAUUUUAUGUUGAGUUUGAGAAAUGUGUUCAACAUGCUGUGUCUUAUAUGUGAUCAUAAGUACAAGCCUCCCUUGUGGACAUGGCUAAACAUCUUCAUCACUACAGAAUGGGCCAGACACCUACAUCACUACAUAAUGGGCCAAACACCUACAUCACUACAGAAUGGGCCAAACACCUACAUCACUACAGAAUGGGCCAAACACC